UCCUGAUGAGAAGUAUGGAUGCUAUAAACUCACUGGAGCCAUCAUGCACUUUGGAAACAUGAAAUUUAAACAGAAACCUAGAGAAGAGCAACUGGAAGCAGAUGGCACAGAAAGUAACCUGUGCUGUCGGUGCCCUUUCCAAGUCAAUGUAUGAAAGGAUGUUUAAGUGGCUGGUGGCACGGAUCAACAGGGCCCUGGAUGCCAAGCUGUCAAGGCAGUUCUUCAUUGGCAUUCUUGACAUCACUGGUUUUGAAAUCCUUGAGUAUAAUAGCCUCGAGCAACUUUGCAUUAAUUUUACCAAUGAAAAAUUACAACAAUUCUUCAAUCGGCACAUGUUUGUUCUGGAGCAAGAGGAAUAUAAGAAAGAAAGCAUUGAAUGGGUGUCUAUUGGCUUUGGUCUGGAUUUGCAAGCUUGCAUAGAUCUCAUUGAGAAGCCAAUGGGCAUCCUUUCCAUCCUUGAAGAAGAGUGUAUGUUUCCUAAGGCUACAGACCUGACUUUCAAGACCAAACUCUUUGACAACCAUUUUGGAAAGUCGGUUCAUCUCCAGAAGCCCAAGCCUGAUAAGAAGAAAUUUGAAGCUCACUUUGAACUUGUCCAUUAUGCAGGAGUGGUACCUUAUAAUAUCAGUGGUUGGCUGGAAAAGAACAAAGACCUCCUUAAUGAAACAGUGGUAGCUGUAUUUCAGAAGUCUUCCAACAGACUCCUGGCGAGCCUUUUUGAAAAUUACAUGAGUACUGACAGUGCUAUACCAUUUGGGGAGAAGAAACGAAAGAAAGGAGCUUCAUUCCAAACGGUUGCAUCUCUGCAUAAAGAAAACCUGAAUAAAUUGAUGACUAAUCUGAAAGCAACAGCACCUCAUUUUGUGAGAUGCAUAAAUCCCAAUGUGAACAAAAUGCCAGGUAUACUGGACCCUUACUUGGUUCUACAGCAGUUGCGCUGUAAUGGUGUCUUGGAAGGGAUUAGGAUAUGCCGUGAAGGUUUUCCAAACCGACUGCAGUAUGCUGAUUUUAAACAAAGGUACUGCAUUCUGAAUCCAAGGACCUUUCCAAAGAGCAAGUUUGUGAGCAGCAGAAAAGCAGCUGAAGAAUUACUUGGCUCCUUGGAGAUAGACCAUACCCAGUACCGAUUUGGAAUCACUAAGGUGUUUUUUAAAGCUGGGUUUCUGGGCCAGCUGGAAGCAAUGAGAGAUGAGAGACUAUCUAAAGUCUUCACAUUGUUCCAAGCCAGAGCACAGGGCAAACUGAUGCGAAUCAAAUUCCAGAAGAUUCUGGAAGAAAGGGAUGCACUUAUUUUGAUCCAAUGCAACGUAAGAGCUUUCAUGGCUGUGAAGAACUGGCCCUGGAUGAGGCUCUUCUUCAAGAUCAAGCCUCUUGUUAAAUCUUCAGAAGUAAGAGAAGGAAUAGCUGGACUGAAGGAAGAGUGUGCACAAUUACAGAAAGCCUUGGAGAAAUCAGAGUUUCAGAGGGAGGAACUAAAAGCAAAGCACGUAUCCCUCACUCAGGAAAAAAAUGACCUGAUUCUUCAGCUUCAGGCUGAGCAAGAGACACUGGCAAAUGUUGAAGAGCAGUGCGAGUGGCUGAUUAAAUCCAAGAUCCAGCUGGAGGCCAGAGUAAAGGAGCUGUCAGAGAGGGUGGAGGAAGAAGAGGAGAUAAAUUCUGAGCUGACUGCCAGGGGGCGGAAACUCGAAGAUGAAUGUUUUGAGUUGAAGAAAGAAAUCGAUGACCUGGAAACAAUGUUGGUGAAGUCAGAGAAGGAGAAGCAUACUACAGAGCACAAGGUCAAGAACUUGACUGAGGAAGUAGAGUUUCUAAAUGAGGAUAUCAGCAAACUUAACAGAGCAGCCAAGGUUGUGCAGGAGGCCCAUCAGCAGACCCUGGAUGACCUGCACAUGGAGGAGCAGAAGCUCAGCAGCCUGAGCAAAGCAAAUCUGAAGCUGGAACAGCAAGUUGAUGAGCUUGAGGGUGCCCUUGAGCAGGAGAGAAAAGCGAGAAUGAACUGUGAAAGGGAACUGCACAAACUGGAGGGCAAUUUAAAGCUGAAUCAGGAAAGUAUGGAGAACCUGGAAAGCAGCCAGCAACACCUGGCAGAAGAGCUGAGGAAAAAAGAAUUAGAAAUGAGUCAGAUGAAUUCAAAAGUGGAGAAUGAGAAAGGCCUGGUAACUCAGCUUCAGAAGACGGUUAAAGAGCUUCAGACUCAGAUAAAGGAUUUGAAAGAGAAACUAGAAGCUGAAAGGACCACUCGAGCCAAGAUGGAAAGGGAGAGAGCUGACCUCACCCAAGACCUGGCUGACUUGAAUGAGAGGCUGGAGGAGGUAGGAGGAGCCAAUUUGGCUCAGCUGGAAAUAACUAAGAAACAGGAAACCAAAUUCCAGAAGCUGCGCCGAGACAUGGAAGAGGCCACUCUGCACUUUGAGGCAACUUCUGCGUCUUUGAAGAAGAGACAUGCAGACAGCCUGGCUGAGCUCGAGGGCCAGGUAGAAAAUCUACAGCAGGUCAAGCAGAAACUGGAAAAAGACAAGAGUGACUUGCAGCUAGAAGUAGAUGACCUCCUGACCCGUGUUGAGCAGAUGACAAGAGCUAAGGCAAAUGCUGAGAAACUCUGUACUCUACAUGAAGAGCGCUUGAAUGAAGCAACUGCAAAGCUAGAUAAGGUGACUCAGUUGGCAAAUGACCUGGCAGCACAAAAGACAAAGCUGUGGAGUGAGAGUGGCGAGUUCCUACGGAGGCUUGAAGAGAAGGAGGCUCUGAUAAACCAACUUUCCAGGGAAAAGAGCAACUUCACUUGGCAGAUUGAAGACCUGAGAGGGCAGCUGGAAAAGGAGACCAAAUCCCAGAGUGCCCUGGCCCAUGCCCUGCAGAAGGCUCAGCGUGACUGUGACCUUCUACGAGAGCAGUAUGAGGAAGAACAAGAGGUCAAGGCUGAGCUGCACCGGACCUUAUCCAAAGUCAAUGCUGAAAUGGUGCAAUGGAGAAUGAAGUAUGAAAACAAUGUUAUCCAGAGAACAGAAGACUUGGAGGAUGCCAAGAAGGAACUGGCAAUUAGAUUGCAGGAGGCAGCUGAAGCCAUGGGGGUGGCCAAUGCCAGAAAUGCCUCCUUGGAGAGAGCCAGGCACCGGCUGCAGCUGGAGCUCGGGGACGCCCUGUCUGACCUCGGGAAGGUCCGCUCUGCAGCAGCCAGGCUGGACCAGAAGCAGCUGCAGUCUGGCAAGGCCCUUGCUGACUGGAAGCAGAAGCACGAGGAGUCUCAGGCGUUGCUGGAUGCCUCUCAGAAGGAAAUUCAGGCUCUCAGUACAGAGCUCCUCAAGCUCAAGAACACCUACGAGGAGAGCAUCGUGGGCCAGGAGACACUCAGGAGGGAGAACAAGAACCUCCAAGAAGAGAUUUCUAAUCUGACAAACCAGGUUAGAGAAGGGACCAAGAACUUAACUGAAAUGGAAAAGGUCAAGAAACUAAUUGAACAAGAGAAGACAGAAGUCCAGGUGACACUGGAAGAAACAGAGGGAGCCCUGGAACGUAAUGAAAGCAAGAUUCUUCGUUUCCAGCUUGAACUCUUGGAAGCUAAAGCAGAACUUGAAAGAAAGCUUUCAGAGAAAGAUGAAGAAAUAGAAAAUUUUAGAAGGAAACAGCAGUGUACCAUUGACUCCCUGCAGUCUAGUCUGGAUUCUGAAGCUAAGAGCAGAAUUGAGGCUACCCGGCUGAAGAAGAAGAUGGAAGAGGACCUCAAUGAGAUGGAACUCCAGCUUAGCUGUGCCAACCGGCAGGUGUCAGAGGCAACCAAAUCCCUGGGCCAGCUUCAGAUUCAAAUCAAGGACCUUCAAAUGCAGCUGGAUGACAGCACACAACUGAACAGUGAUCUGAAGGAGCAGGUGGCUGUGGCUGAGCGGCGCAACUCUCUUCUUCAGUCUGAACUAGAGGAUCUAAGGUCCUUGCAAGAGCAGACAGAGCGUGGCCGCAGGCUAUCAGAAGAAGAGCUCCUGGAAGCAACAGAAAGAAUCAAUCUUUUCUAUACCCAGAACACAAGCCUCCUUAGCCAGAAGAAGAAACUGGAGGCUGAUGUUGCCCGGAUGCAGAAAGAAGCUGAAGAGGUGGUGCAGGAGUGUCAAAAUGCAGAAGAGAAGGCCAAGAAGGCAGCCAUUGAGGCAGCAAACUUGUCAGAAGAACUGAAGAAGAAGCAAGAUACCAUUGCCCACUUGGAAAGGACAAGAGAAAAUAUGGAGCAGACAAUUACAGACUUACAGAAAAGGCUGGCUGAAGCUGAACAGAUGGCCCUGAUGGAGAGUAGAAAGCAAAUCCAGAAACUAGAAUCCAGGGUUCAUGAACUGGAAGGUGAACUGGAGGGUGAAAUCCAUCGCAGUGCAGAGGCCCAGAGGGGAGCCCGCAGACUUGAGCGAUGCAUCAAAGAGCUGACCUAUCAGGCAGAGGAAGACAAGAAGAAUCUGAGCAGGAUGCAAACUCAGAUGGAUAAACUUCAGCUAAAAGUGCAAAAUUACAAGCAGCAAGUCGAGGUGGCGGAAACACAAGCCAAUCAAUACCUUUCCAAGUAUAAGAAGCAGCAACAUGAGUUGAAUGAAGUGAAGGAAAGGGCAGAAGUGGCAGAAUCUCAAGUCAAUAAACUCAAAAUUAAAGCAAGAGAGUUUGGGAAAAAGGUUCAAGAAGAAUAGCAUCCCCUGCUUUGAAAGGACAACAGCUGGAGAAGUACAAGGAAGGUGCUGUUUCAUGGCCAAAAACUUAGGUUGCAUGGAAACAUUUUUUAAAACAUGUUUAAAUUGCUUUUCACACUGUAUAAACAAGGCAAUUAGAAAAAUAAUUAAAGGGAAUAUCAUUGCUUCCACAGUUAAUGGGGAUUUUUUGAUCCUCAAAUGCAAGUAAACUACCUUCUAAUGCUUCACAUGACAGAUUAAAUAAAUGGAAGAACCUUUUCGAUUCUGAUGUUU